UCAGAAACCCAGCCACCAUGGGGAGUUAAGGGGGUUAGUCGACGGGUCAUUUUCGUUAAUAUUUAAUACCAGAAAAGCUUUCCAUAUGCUGCUUUUCGGGGCACACAGUUCGCGCCAGUAUCCCCAAUGCAGCGGAUUACGGGGAUCGGGCUUUCAGAGACGGGUGAAUUGUUUGCCAGCAAAAUCAUUGCUACAGAGGAAGAUCUGACCUCUGCUUUGAGCAACCAGAGACAUGAGUGUUGUCAGAGAAUUACAUGGGAUUGGGUUCAGGGGCGGCGGGGGCGUUGUGGCCUCUCUGAGCGGCCCGUCCCACUUUACCGAGGAUGCUCCGCGACCCCCUGUUCCUGGGGAGGAGGGAUCUGAUGUGGACCCCCCAGUCCAGUCGGUCAGCACCCGUCCAAACACCCUGUCCCAAACGCUCGGCUACCCCCCGUCAUCGAUAUCAUCUAAAAUGGGGGAUCAAUCGAGUUACACGCCCUCCUCGUCGUCUGCGACCCCGCGGCGCCCGGAUCUGGACUUAGGGUACGAACCCGAGGGCUCGGCUUCACCAACUCCUCCGUACCUGAAGUGGGCCGAGUCGCUUCACUCUCUUCUGGACGACCAGGAAGGCAUCCAGCUGUUCCGAAACUUCCUGUGUCAGGAAGGGUGUGCGGAUCUCCUGGACUUCUGGUUUGCUUGCUCCGGGUUCAGGAAGACGAGCCAGGAGAAGAGGGCAAAGCUGGCCAAGGCCAUCUACAGGAAGUACAUAGUAGACGGAAGUGGGAUCGUCUCCAGGCAGAUCAAAGGAGCCACCAAGAGCUUCAUCAGAGACUGCGUGGGGAAGCCUCAUCCAGACCCUGCCAUGUUUGAACAGGCUCAGACAGAGAUCCAGGGUGUGAUGGAGGAGAACACCUACCCUCUGUUCCUGAAGUCGGACCUGUACCUGGAAUACACUCGGACGGGAGGGGAGAGCCCCAAGCCGAACCCCAGCGAUCAGAGCCCUUCAUCGGGGCCCGCCAAGCCCGUGCCGGGGUACCUGCCAACCCUCGCUGAGGACGAGGAGUGGAGGUGUGGAGGAGGGAGGGAGGAUGACGAGGAGAAAGAUGAAGAUGAGUGUGAUGACACCCCGGCUGGAAGGCUGACUCAGAGCCUGCUGAUGCACACGGCCCCACAGAGAUCCUCGAGCAACAGGAGGAGGCCGGACAGCAGGGAGUACAGGCCGUGUAGGGAGCCGGUGAACCCGUACUACGCUAACAUGGGCUACGCUCGCGCUCCAGCCACCAGCGCCAACGACAGCGAGCAGCAGAGCAUGUCGAGCGACGCUGACACACUCUCACUGCCCGACAGCAGUGUAGAUGGUAUUCCUCCAUACAGAUAUCGGAAGCAGCAUCGUAAAGAGAUGCAUGAAAGUGCCAAAGCCAAUGGACGUGUGCCCCUACCUCAUAUACCUCGCACGUACCGCAUGCCAAAGGACAUCCACGUCGAGCCGGAGAGGUUUGCAGCGGAUCUCAUCAGCAGGCUGGAGACGGUUCUCCGAGAGCGAGAGGCUCAGGAACGACUCGAAGAGAGGCUGAAGAGAGUACGACUGGAAGAGGAGGGUGACGAUGCCGACGUCUCGGUGGCAGCCUCCGUCUCCUCUCACAGUUUACCCCUGCUCCCCCUCCCCUCGUCGGCGUUCCCCCCGCUCUACGGCGCCCGUUACUCGGAGACCACCGCCAACACGGUCGCCACGUACGGCGGCCUGGUUGCCAUGGAGGAUUCCCUCGACGACGACCCGGAGUCCAUCCUGGACGAGCACGUGCAGCGCGUGAUGAAAACGCCGGGAUGUCAGUCGCCGGGGGCAACCAACAGCACCUUAGGAGGAGGGGGCGGUCGACACUCUCCCCCAAAAUCAUCCCGUUCACCCGACGGGGGGAUCGGACCGCCUCACUGCCCCCCACACAGAGGGGGGGGCCACAGUCUGCCUCCUGCGGGGGUCAAAGGUAUGCAUCACAAGCAGCUGUAUCACCACAGAGGGCAGGAGGAGGCUGGCUCUCGCUCUCAGGCGAACCCUAUGUGGAACGGAGACCCUGCCAGUCAGUACGCAGGGAGAAGUCGCAACUACGCCGACGGGGCUGGAGCCAGCACGCACGAGGGCAUGGGCUACAGUAGUAAAGGCAGCACGCUGUCACGGCGAGGCUGUAAGAAGACAUCGGAGACGCCGGGCAAAGGAGAGGAGAGCGGGCGAGUGACGGAGGGCCAGCCGCCGAUGGAGGAUCUGGAGAGGAACCAGAAGAUCCUGCAGUGGAUGAUGGAGGGAGACAGACAGAGGAAGACCUCUCAUGGUGGCAGCACCAGCAGCUCGAGGAGGGGGGGUCCCAGCAGCGAGUCGCCGCACCCCACCUCAGUGGAGCGACCCGGAGCCGUGCACCCCUGGGUGUCGGCGCAGCUGCGUAACAACCCUUCGUCUUCAGUGUCCCCCGCCCUCCCCGGACCAUCGUCCACUCAGGUCCAGCCCUCGCACCCCUUCAUCCAGGACCCCGCCAUGCCCCCCAACCCGGCCCCCAACGCCCUCACCCAGCUGGAGGAGGCUAGGAGGAGAUUGGAGGAGGAGAGGAGGAGGAACGCACUACAGCAGGCCAAGCAGAGGCAUAAAUCGUCUGGUAAGCGCCAGGUGUGUGAGAACAUGACCGUCGCCUACUACUUCUGUGGAGAGCCAAUCCCAUACCGAACAUCCGUCAAAGGCCGCGUGGUGACUCUGGGCCAGUUCAAGGAGCUGCUUACCAAAAAGGGCCAUUACAGGUUUUACUUUAAGAAAGUGAGCGACGAGUUUGACUGCGGCGUGGUGUUCGAGGAGGUUCGGGACGAUGACGCCAUCUUGCCCAUCUUCGAGGAGAAGAUCAUCGGGAAGGUGGAGAAGGUUGACUGAAAUGUUGGGAACUGAAAGAUGAUGCAGAAAUUGGUGAAAAAAAAGAUCAUUGGAAAAAAGGAGAUAAGAACAUUGGAUAGAAAUCCAAACCGGGAGGAGUGAAUGAAAGUAGAAAGAUGGAAGAAGCAACGUGUGACAGAGGGAGGGGGGGGGGAAGAUGGCGCUGAAUGGUAGACGCUCGAGUAUUAAGGAGGUCGGUUAUUUUUUAUGGACUAUCUGGAUGUCGUGCCUGGAUCGAAGCAAAGACCACAUGAAGCAGGAGCUGAGGAAAAAGGAACAUAAGUUAUUUCACCUGUCUUGUCUCCACUGUGGAUAUUCGAGGAGCGCUGUUGAAAAAAAAAAAUCUGACCGGUCUUCCACUGCGAUGGAUGGAAAACGGGUGAGGGGACUGCUGGAAGGAGAGGAGAGAAAGUAGUCUUCCACUUCGGCUCUGGAGGAGUCUAAUCCUCCGCAGACCAUUACGAUGCUGCUACAUUACCACGGAAACUCUUCAAUCGGUGCUCGGGACGGUAAAGAAAGCAGUUUUUUUUUUUAGUUUCCAUUCGGGAGUCUCGCUGCCUUUUCGCUGUCUCUGUUCCUCAUCAGCUGGAGACGAGAGGACAGAGGAUUUUAUUGGAGGAGGAACUCUAAGCCUGCUCCUUCUCUCGUUGACUUCAUAGCCUCAAAAAACGUUCUCACCCUUGAUUCCUAGAUGUCAUGUAGUGAUCUCUCACAUCCACACAACAACAGUUCUCUACAUAACUUGUUUACCAAAGCUACAUAUUUUUGAUAAGACAAGUAUCCUAGCUACUUGUGUCAUUUUAUUUGAAUUGUGUAUGUACAAGGCAGGUACUAUUACUUAUAAAUGCAGCCUAAUUUCGUUAUAUCUCAAACUUAAUGUUGUAUUAUUGUGUAUGUUUUGAAGCUAGUUCAUUAGUCAUUUCAGGGCAGCCUUUCGUUUGUUUUUCCUCCUAUGAUGCACCCCUGCAGCUCACGUCUGUACUGUUUACCUGUGAGUGUGUACUUCUGUUCUCCUGCGCCAUGGGUUUUAAUUAUAGGCUUUUUCUGUAUACACUCUUAUGAAAAAGAGCCGUGCACACUCCAGUUGUGCCGUCUCUGACCACAGUAUCACACCGUCACCACCUCAUGUUUUUCUGCUACACUGUACGUAGCUCCGCACUCAGUCUAGCUGCCUGCCUUAUGGCCAGUGCCAUUACAAUCUAGAGUAUUCUAAACGUGUUGGUGAGUGUGAAAGCCUGUGCUAUGUACGCCUGAACUCAGCCAAAGAGCAUUAUGCGGUGCGUCCCUUAUGCCUCCAUGCGUGUGUCUGUGCAGUCCAAGUCCACAAGCAUCAAAUGUAUUUGUUCAUCAUGAGCAGAAGGGAGUCUUCUUCCUCUUGCAGAUCAUCCAACUUAAACCCUUAACACUGAGUUUGACAUUUGGGGAACUAUAUACAUUUUUUGCUGAGAGUAAGUUGAACAAAUGUAUGUCACUCAUGUCUGUUCGACAAUUAUAAAGCUGCAAAUAGCAGUUUGUUAGCUUAGCAUAAAGACUCAAACAGAUGGGAAAAGCUAGCAUGUCUUUGUAAAUCGAACAGACUAGAGCUGUAACCACAUAUUCUUUAUUGAUUUAUCAAUUUGUCUGUAAAAAUAUUUAAAAAUAACUUGUUUCUUGUGACCAAUCGUUGAAAACGUUUUUAGUUUACUAGGAAAUGUUGCCAAUAAUAACAGCAAAUUUGCUCAACUCAAAACUAGAUGAUGCUUGACAUUUCUGCUCACAAAUGAUUUCAAUCAUUACCAAAAUGCUUUUCCGUUAAUUGCUUAAUCCGUUCAAAGAUGUGAAAUAACUAAAUGUUAUGAUUUAACAAGUUGAGCCUUUACGGUGAACGUGGAUUCAUUCUCUAAGCUAGCUUUUCCCCUCUGUAUCCAGUCUUUAUGCUAAUCUAAGCUAAAUGGCUGGAGCUUCAGAUUUAACACAAACAACAGUAUGGUAUCAGUCCAACUCUCAGCUGUGGAUUUUCCCAAAUGCCAAACUAUUCCUACAAACCUCUCCCCUGGUUUCAGUCCUGCAGAAUAUCAUAAAGCACCGAGCAGACAGCGCACUGAUCUCACACCAGCUGUGUAAGCUGAAUGUAAUUUGACUUUUAAGACUUUUUAAAAAAAACGUUUUCCCGCCUUGUCCUCAAAGGAAGUCCCCUCAUUGGCCCUGUCAUCGUGUCGGUCCUCGGCGCUGAUCUCAAACCGUCAGCCUGUGUUUUGUGUUAUCUAUGCUGGUAGUUAAUUGAAUGUGUUCAUCAAACUAAAAGGUCCUAACGUGCGUCUCGCAGGAAUGUCAACGACACAGUUGUCAUGGGUUUCGGCCCAGUAAGGGAGACAUAGGAUCUGAAAACACAUUUUGUCCUCACUUCAACCCAUUAUGCCUUCAAUAUGGAAUUUAAAAUUUAGAUAUGUAUUUGUUUAUAAAAAAAUGUAAUUUUAAUAAUCACCAAGCAUGUUCUUUAUAAGGAAUGUUUUCCUGAUGAGUUGAAUUAUCUAUUUUGUUUUAAUGUGUAUGUGCGACCUGCUUCGGCCCUCUGAUAUAUCUGAUCUGUUUUGUUAGAACGCCCAGGGACAGUUGAAUGACGACAUUUGUUAAGAGUUGUUUCUUGUGAUUAUGAUUCGAUGGACAAAACAAACAACUGUUGUGUUGUCAAUUUGUGUGAAACACAGUGCCUUUAUCAUGUUAUCUUUCGAAAUAUCUUUAUUGAACCAAUCCAUGAUUUUUAAUGUUUAAGUUUUUAUUUUCAGUCAGUCCCGUUGUUUUUUUUAGCUGCAACCAUGCUUGCUCACUUCUGUUCUAGAUCCUCUGCUGUAAAUAUGUACAUUAUCAUUUCAUACGUGUCUUCAGACCCGCACCACAAGUCCAUGGUGUUUCUGUUUUUCAAAGGUAAACGCCAAGAUGUCACUGUGCUGGUUCCACUUGUACAUUUCUUUUAAAAAGGUACUUCAUAAUAAAGAUGUUGAAUAAACACUUCCUAUCCUUG